AUGCUCAAUCACACCAACAUUGAUGGGUUCAUCUUUAAUGCCUUUUCUAACAGCAAACAUCUGUAUGCUUUAUAUUUUAUGCUCUUCAUGUUCCUCUUCCUUGGUACAGCUGUGGGAAAUAGUCUCAUAAUCCUUCUUAGCAGGUUAGAUUCCCAGCUUAACACUCCUAUGUACUUUCUUCUUAGCAAUCUCUCCUUUAUGGAUAUAUGUUAUUCUUCUACCAUAAUCCCACAAACAUUGGUCAUAUUCCUGUUUGAGCAAUCAUUUAUAUCCCUCCCAGCAUGCUUUGCACAGAUGUAUUUCUUUCUUUCUUUCGCUGCUUCUGAGUCUUCCAUUCUGGCUACAAUGGCUUAUGACCGUUUUGUUGCUAUUUGUAACCCAUUAAGAUAUUCUUCCAUUAUGAACAGAGAUGUUUGCCUCCAAAUGGCAGGUUGUGCAUGGUGCAUUGGAUUCAUAUAUGGUGGAAUUCACACUGUUAAUACCUUUAAGUUGCCUUUUUGUGGAUCCAAUGUUCUUAACCACUUUUUUUGUGAUAUUCCUCCCUUGCUAAAGAUAUCCUGCAUUGAUACGUACUUUAAUGAGGUGAGCAUUUUUGUUAUAGGUGGAUUUCUAAUGCUGGGAUGCUUCAUCUUAAUAACUGUUUCAUACAUUAAGAUUCUUUUUUCAGUUUUCAAAACACCAAAAGGGACUGCAAGGGGAAAAGCAUUUUCUACCUGUGUUUCCCACUUAAUUAUUGUCAUUCUUUUUUAUGGCAGUGGUAGCUUGAUGUAUAUGAGGCCAAAGUCUAUUUUUUUUAAUGAUAAGGAGUGGCUCCUUUCCAUAUUCUAUACAUGUAUAACACCCUUCCUGAAUCCCAUUAUCUACAGCUUAAGAAAUAAAGAUAUCCACAGAGCUUUCAUUAAAUUAAUCAUAAACAAACUUGCACAUCAACAUAGCAUAAUAACUAAAUGA